AUGAGCUCCAAAUCAGAGCAGCUUCAAGAGGAGCUUAAUGAGCCUAAUUCUUCAGAAUACAAUGUGAAUGUGUCUGAUGAAACUUUUUUGUCCGAAAAAAUAGAAGAAAAAGUGGAAAAUACUCUUAUUUACACUCGGUUUGGUCUAGUUACAUAUCUGUAUGAUUUUUUUUCAAAAACACAUCCAUUUGUUUCUUGGUUUAUAAUGGGACUUAUUCUUGGCAUAAUUUAUCAAACGAGAAUACCACAUGUGGAGUUACCUGAGAUGUACAAAUUGAGUACUCGACGGCUGGAAACUAAUUCUUCAUGUUCUUUUCACACACAGGAGCGUUUAUUUAAUCUUUCUCCGAUGAUUGCAACAUCUCUUUCUUUAUUGUUUGAUAAUCUUAUGAAAUCAUAUAUAGAAGAUUGGUAUUUUCCAAUAUCUAAAGAUGGGUCGUUUCCUACGGCAUGUCGUAUGCUUUUUGAUCAUUUUUCUCUUUCUUUUUAUCAACAUCUUGCUUCAAAAAGUUCAUAUGAUAUUAUGAUGUUAUUUUUUAUCCAAUGUUCGAAUACUAUUAUUGUUGCUCUACGUGAGCUUAGAUCAGCAUUGUCAUUUUCAACGGAUGAUCAUAAUAUUAUUUCCGUUAUCUCUGCGUAUGUUGCUCAAAAUCCGGGUUCUGCUUUAUCGCGUUUGUUAGACCAACCACUUCAAAGAGAAAGAUUUCGUUUUGAGUCGGAAAAUUUAAUGAAGUUUUUAGGGAAAAAGGAAGAUUUGGAUUGUUCUAUAUUAAGGACACUUAUGCGCGAAAUGUUUACGGUUCAGAUUUUUGAAAAUGUUGUCGACAUUUGUUCAUCUGCUGAUUUUAUUAAUGAAUGGAUUAUUUACCUUUAUGAUAAUGAGAAAUCGCAUGAAACAAAUGAAGAGCAGUCUCAGAAGAAAAGUGAAGUCCAGCUUGCGAUGGAAAAAGCAAUGGAAGAGGCUGCUGAAAUGACAAAGUUAUUGCAAGAUAAAGCGGAAAAUCAAGAGUCACCAUUAUCUGAGCAUCCAUCUCCUAUUAUGUUUAACGAAGUUAUAACUCCCGAAAAAAGAGAUUAUUUUAGAAGAUCGAGUGUAACAUGUUUUGUUUCUCCAAUUCGUUCACGUACAUCAAGUCCUGAUGGGCGCCAUCAUUUUAAACCGUUUUGUCAUUCUAAAAGCGGAUCUCCUGAUCGUUCUCGACUGGGUUUAUAUGAUUUAAAAGAAUUAAAACCUUCAAUAAAUGCACCUCAGGACGUGUUUUUAGAAAAAGAUACUUCAAGUCUUUCUAAAGAAAGUUUAUUUCAAGCUGAUAUUUCUUUGUCAUAUGUUAAUUCUGAAUUAUCUCCUAAAAAAAUUAUAAAAUCAAAAUGGUCUAUUAAUUUUUUGAUAAUAGUAGAGCCUGCUGGAGGUCAAAUGCCUGGAUGGGUUAUUAUUAAAAAGUAUUCUGACUUUGAAUCAUUGCAUGAAGUUCUUCGCCGCUUAGCUGCAGUUUCAGGUUUACAUUCUUUUGCUAAAGAAUUACCUCAUUGGAAAAAUAUAAGUUAUGAAGAUUUGAGAAUAUCUUUAGAAAAUUAUUUGCGAAAGGCUUUGAAGUCUAGAGAUCUUUCUGAUAGUCAUGCAAUGAAAAGUUUUUUGGAUAAACAAUCUAAAUCUGAUGGCUUUUCUGGAAAACGAAAAUCAUGGCAACAGCUGCGUACUGUGAGUGAUGGUGUACGCGAUGUUAUAAAAGCACCUGCAACAGGAGGAAGGGCUAUUAUAAAUGCUCUUGGGGCUGUUGGGCGAAAAGCUUUUGUUGAUAUACCUGAUAAUAUAUAUGAAUCAGAAGCAGAAAAUCCAUCAACUGAUGGGUUAGAAGAUUCACCUAUAGUUAAUACUGAUAAUUUACUUUUUAACGCUUCUAAGGAUGAUGAGAAGCCUCUUCCACCUCGUUCUAGUUUUCAGUCACAAACAGAAGAAAAAAAAGAAACCAAGUUAUCCACUGCAUUUCCUAAUAUUCCAGAUAAUGGAUCACUUGAUCUAACUUUUAAAACAGAGACAUGUUCUGAAGAAUUGUUAUUAGAGCAUGACAAAAAUAAUAUUGAUUUAAAUGACAAAAAAGAAUCUUUUUCACAUGAGAAGUCUAAUUCUAAUGUUACUAAAGGGUUUUCAAAUUCUGAUGUACAACUUUUUAUUGAUAUUAAUUUUUGUAUUUUAUCAGAGUUUUAUUCAUUAUCAUCAAAAACAUGGUCUAUUCGUCGUUCUCUUCUUGGAAUACUUAGAAGUUUAUUAUUGCGAAAUGGAACGUAUGUCGAUUUUGUAAAAGAAGCUAUAGAAGAAAAGGUUACAAAUUUUUUUUCUAAUGAGAAAUGGAUUUCUGAGCAAAUUAAUAAAAUUAUAAUGGAAAUAUGGUCACCUGAUCCUGCUGAAAAUGUUGAAAAAGACUCACAGAAAUUAAUGUUAAAAGCAAAACGCUUAUUUUUACGCAAAACAAUUCCAGAUACUCUAAAGUCUCUUGUAGGAGGCACUGCUACUAAGGAAUCACUUGAAAUAGUUUUUAAUGCUCUACAGGAAAAAGAAUUUAUGAGAGGAAUACUUUCAAGUAUUUUGUCUGAUAUAUUACAAGUAAUUUUCCAGUAA